CAGUACGAUCCAACGUCGUAGCCGCAACGCAAUGGUGGGAACUCUGUUGAUGAUUUGAUCUGUGGUUUAAUCUUCAAACAUUCGCGGUGACCAGAUACCGUGGUGGUAAUUGGUUUGAACAUGGAGGACGUUCAAAAGCACUCGGUCCACACUCUGGUCUUCCGAUCUCUCAAACGCACGCACGACAUGUUCCUGUCUGACCAAGCGAACCCUCCACCGCAAGAUGACACGAGUGAGAAGUUCAAAAUGAAUGUCAAGACGAAAGACGAGUACAGCCUCGUGAUGCACCUUGUCAAGUCUAACCCACAAACCUACAGGCACAGCACAGACGGGCACCGCGCGUCUUACCAUGACCAGGUGCCAAAAAGUAAAGAGAUCAAGCUUCAAGAGCUGACAUAUUCAGGCAUGGAUGUAAUGCCCGUGUAUGACGAUGAUGCACCACCACCGGGUGUUGACGACUAUCCAGUGAUGAAAGCUGCGCCACCAUCAUCAACAUCACAGGCAGUUGUGCUAGCAGGACAACAAUUGGCACAAGUUCAGCGAAAACAGGUAGCCAUACCAAAGCCUCAGUGGCAUCCACCCUGGAAGCUAUACAGGGUGAUCAGUGGGCACACUGGCUGGGUUCGCUGUCUUGCAGUGGAGCCUGGAAACCAAUGGUUUUGCACAGGAUCGAAUGACAGAAUUAUUAAGAUUUGGGACCUGGCCACCGGGAAGUUGAAGCUGUCCCUGACUGGACACAUCAGUGGAGUGCGAGGCCUGGCUGUGAGCCCACGUCAGCCAUACCUCUUCUCUUGCGGCGAGGACAAGCAGGUCAAGUGCUGGGACCUUGAGUACAACAAGGUGAUACGCCACUACCACGGCCACUUGAGCGGUGUCUAUGCUCUCUCUCUACAUCCCACCAUCGACAUCCUGGUCACUGGGGGCCGGGAUGCGACAACAAGGGUGUGGGACAUGCGGACCAAGGCCAACAUCCACUCGCUGGUGGGCCACACCAACACAGUGGCCAGCGUGCAGACACAGUCGUCCGAGCCACAGGUGCUGACAGGGAGCCACGACUGCACGAUCCGCCUCUGGGACCUGGUGGCUGGUCGAUCACGCGUCACCCUGACCCACCACAAGAAAAGCGUACGGGCACUGGUGGUACAUCCCAGGCUGUACACCUUUGCAUCUGGGGGCCCUGACAACAUAAAGCAGUGGAAGUGCCCUGAUGGGAAGUUCAUCCAGAAUCUUUCUGGUCACAAUGCAAUCGUCAACUGUCUUGGCAUAAAUGACGAUGGUGUCCUUGUGUCUGGAGGGGACAAUGGAACACUGUUCUUCUGGGAUUGGCGCACGGGCUACAACUUCCAGCGGCUCCAAGCCCCAGUGCAGCCAGGCUCCAUCGACAGUGAGGCGGGCAUAUUUGCCUGUGGAUUCGACCAGAGCGGCAGCCGCCUCAUCACAGCCGAGGCUGACAAGACUGUGAAAAUAUUCCGAGAAGAUGACACCGCUACUGAGGAGACCCACCCAAUCAAUUGGAAACCAGACAUCACAAAACGAAGACGGUUUUAAUGUUAUCAAAUUGUUUUGCUGUAGCAUGAGCAUGCCAUUUGAGAGUGUGUAAUAAAAUGCGGCUGUACUGUAUAACC